AUGGAGCCCAACAGACCACUUUUUCAAAAAAUGUAAGUUUCUUUCAAUUCUAAUUUUUCACGCCAAAGUUACGUUUAAAAAUUGAAAAAAAAUCACGGGCAGCAAGCCAACUCAUUGAGAAAAAAGAAAACAAAAACAAAAAUCUUUUUUUUUGCGAGAGAAACUUUUUGCGAAGAGACGCAGACGGUUAGAUACUGGUCAUUUUUAUCGAUUAUAUUUAUUUGUGUGGUUUUUUGAACAUAUGUUUUUCUCUUCCAUGUUUUUGGCGCGGGAAAAAUUUGAAUUUCAAUUUUUCAAAAUCUAAUUUUUCACCGGCAAAUUUGAACAAUUUCAAAUUCCAACUUUUUCCACCGAAACUGGUGAUACUGUCCCUUUGAACUACUGUAGUUCUUCCACAUUUUUGGUUCCAAACAAUUUGAAUCUCUUUGAUUUUCAGAAUGUCUGAUCCUCCACCGCCUGCCACGUCACAACAAAAAUCCACCAAAUUUAUGGUGCUUCUGAAUGCGGUGAUUAUUGGAUUAGUGGCACUGACUUGGUGUUUAUCAACACAAUUUAGCAAGACUGCGCUGAAUUAUGAUACUGUAAGUUAUGACCGAGUUUUUCCCCCGAUUUCUAGGCCAUGUGAAAAAAUGAAACAUCAAGCUUUUUUUGCAGACCCACUUCAAUGCCCCUUAUUUUAUGAUGUGGUUCAACACAAAUUUGAUGAUGUCAUGUUUCCCAGUUUUCUUAGCCUAUGAACAAAUUCGGACCAAAAAAUCAAUUUCACAAAUAUUCGCAGAAUCUCAACGAAAAUUCGGAGAAAAUCAAAAACUAACUCCAUGGACAUUGAUCAAAUAUGUAUUUCCAUUUUUGAUUUUCUGGAUCGGUGCCAAUUAUCCAUAUGUUCGAGCACUUUUAUUGAUUACACCUAGUGUUGCCACAUCAAUUAGUGCUUGUAAUGCUGCAUUUGUAUAUGUUCUUGCUGUCAUCAUUUUGAAAGAGACUAUUCAUAUUAUGAAGGUGAGAAGCUUUCGGUAAAGUUACCAUAACUUCUGCGAAUAAUCUAGAAAAAGUUGCACGGAAGCUUGCAAUCAUCUAGAACAUCAAUCUAAUCUAAUUUUCCUCUAGAUUUUCUCUGUAUUAUUCGCAAUUGCUGGAGUUGUUGUAAUUUCCCUCGAUCAUGAAAUGCACAUUGAAUGGAUCGGAAUAUUUCUAGCCUUUCUCUCCGCUUUUAUGGCUGCGGUUUAUAAAGUUUCAUUCAAAAAAGUUAUUGGAAAUGCAUCCCUCGGCGAUGUUUCUCUUUUUAUGUCAUGUCUCGGUUUUCUGAACCUGACACUGAAUUGGAUUCCAAGUUUGAUUCUUUGGCAAACUGGAGUCGAGAUUCUCGAUUUUUCAUAUGCUCCUUGGUGGCCGAUGUUGGGUGCUGCACUUUUAUCAAUCGCUUUUAAUUUUACUAUUAAUUUUGGGAUUGCUUUGUUGAAUCCGUUGGUGAUUUCGGUUGGAAUGUUGUGUGGAAUUCCACUGAAUACAGGUAAUUUAUAUUAUUUUUGUUUUUGAAAAAUUUGGUUCCACAUUAAUUUUUUGCAGUAAUCGACAUUGUUUUCCGACAUGUUCCAAUGACAACAUUAUUCUUAAUUGGCACAGUUUUAAUAAUCAUUUCAUUUCUUCUCAUCAUCAUUCCUUAUGACAAAAUUUCACUUUUCCGCAGAAAAAACUCACGGGAUGUACAGUCUGAUGCAUAA